GUGACGUAGGAAGAUGCCGCUCAUCACGCAUCCUCUCCUGCCAUUUUUGUGCUACUGGUGGCUAGCUUGCUAAGCAAGGGGUCUCCAUCAGCAGGAGGCGGAGAAGACUGCAGGCAAACAGAGAGAGGCAGUCAAAUCAAGAGACUGAACCUUCCCUGGAGAACCGGGGAGUCCUUACACACAGGAAACCGUAAUUAGAAAGGCUGUACGAUGUCCGAUUUUGACAGCAACCCGUUCGCAGACCCGGACUUCAGCAAUCCCUUUCAGGAUCCUUCAGUGACGCAGGUGACCCGGUCUGCCCCUCCUGGUGGUUUGGAAGAGUAUAACCCCUUCACAGACGCCAGAACGGCGGCCCCUGGGAAUGCCCCCAAAGCUACUCCUGCCCCCUCCCAGAACACACAACCUGCCAUCAUGAAGCCCACAGAAGAGCCACCAGCUUACACACAGCAACAGACUCAGGACCAAGCGCGUGCUCAGGCUGAGUUGUUAAGAAGGCAGGAGGAGUUGGAGAAGAAAGCUGCAGAGCUUGAUCGCCGGGAGAGAGAGUUACAGUCCCACGGAGCGGCGGGAGGGCGUAAGAACAACUGGCCUCCCCUGCCGGAGAAGCUCCCCGUUGGCCCAUGUUUCUACCAUGAUAUUACAGUGGACAUUCCUGUAGAGUUCCAAAAGACCGUCAAGAUCAUGUACAACCUUUGGAUGUUUCAUGCAGGCACGCUCUUUGUGAACAUGUUCGGCUGCCUGGCCUGGUUCUGUGUGGAUGCAUCUCGCGGUGUAGAUUUUGGCCUGGCCAUGCUAUGGUUUCUGCUGUUUACCCCUUGUUCUUUUGUCUGCUGGUACAGACCGCUUUACGGGGCUUUCAGGAGUGACAGUUCAUUCCGCUUCUUUGUCUUCUUCUUCGUCUAUAUCUGUCAGUUUGGAGUUCACGUUCUACAAACUAUUGGCAUCACUGGCUGGGGAACAUGUGGUUGGAUCGCAGCUUUAACUGGUCUGAACACCAGUAUCCCAGUGGGCAUCAUCAUGUUACUGAUUGCAGCUCUGUUCACUGCACUCUCUGUGGGCUCGCUCAUUAUGUUUAAAAAGGUGCACGCACUGUAUCGUACCACUGGUGCUAGUUUUGAGAAGGCUCAGCAGGAGUUUGCAACUGGGGUCAUGUCUAACAAGACCGUUCAGACUGCGGCUGCCAACGCUGCAGCUAAUGCUGCAUCCAAUGCUGCUCGUGGGGCCUUCAAACCUCAGCCAUAAACUGACACACCCGCAUACAUGCACACAUGCUCACACAUACAAGCAUAUACAAAAAAAACACCCAAAAGUUAGAGAUGCACAACUCUGGCCCUGCAGGCUCUCAGAUCAAAUUGAUUCUAUUUAUGAUUGUUGUUAUGCUAAGAUUGCCCUGCACUUUGCUUAAAAAGCACAAAGAGCCAGAAAUAACAGAGAAGUUAGUCAGAUAAAGUAACCAGAGUUGUUCACCUUAACUUUAAAUCAAAUUUCCAUAAAAGCAAUCUGACAUCCAUCCUGUCUGCUUUUUAGUCAGAUGACUGCUCAGAUCCCUUGAAACAUCCACUCAUCCACUAAGUGACUCAAGGUUUGCUCUGAGUGUGUGUGGGAUUUCAUUUCGCACUCUCUCACUUGCUCUUUCGCUUUCCUUGUUCUUCUGUCACCUUGAGGAGAUGUCAGAUCAGGCAGAGGUUAGCAGUUCUAGCAUACUUUUUUUUUUUUUUUUUUGCCAUGGUGAUGACCUCCAAACAGCUUCCUGCCUGGUUAAUACAGUUUAGAGUUACGAAAAGUGAUUGAGCUCCGAAAGGUCAGUUGUACCUUGUCUUACAUAUGUGCUUCUAUUCUGAGACAAAUACCAUCUUGGUAAUUCAUAUAAGUAGAAUAUGUUGGUAUGUUCUUAUUUAAGGACCUACCUGCAGCCCUCAGCAGUGAUCUAAUGACACCUGUCAGUUGAACAAUUAUUGCCACUUUGUGUGCUACUUUGAUUGGCAAUGUGGGCUGGGUCUGUGGCUUUGACAGCAUGAUAACCACAUGCAUGUUUAGCACACUCAAGGUAGCGCUCAUUCUGUUACAGGUCACCAGUUCUCACCUCAAACCUAAAAGAGGUUCAGUCAGAUGCUUUAAUGGCCUGGUGCACUAAAGGGGAAAAACAUGAGACAUUUUCAUAUUUUCAUUAUGUAUGUAUGACAUUAACAGACUGUCAUGUGGCUCCAUCUCAGUUGUUUUUGUAGCCCUUUACACUUAGUUAAAAACUAAUGCUGCUAGUAAUCUGAGAGCCGCCGGGUCGUGGCCUCCUGCUGUCAUGUUUUCUGUUGAAAAGGACACGUAACAUUCAUUCAUAGAGUGACCUGCCUUUUCUCACAGAAGAUGACCUAUGGUAAAGCUAUGUUUUUUUCUAUAGAUUAACAUGCAUACAUAAACAAGUAAAAACAUUGAUACUGUGUAUAUUUACACAACAUAGACUAACAGUCCGUUUUCAUUUUUACAGACAAAGUCAGUCCAUUUGUUUAUCCUCUGUCAGUAUUGGAUUGCUGACAUUAGACCUUUCAUAGGCAAAAUGGACAUUAAGAUAACAGAGGAUUGGACUCAAUGCCCAUUCAUUGAUAUCACUAAGAAGCAUUUAUUUAUAUACAAUAAUAACAGUGUUAUUUAGAACUAAAUUGUACAGACUACUGUCACUGAAGUGAAAUAUGGACGUGGGUUACGGUACAUUAGUGUCUACAUUAGCACCUCUUAUAGUGGUGGCGAGUGUCUGAAGAUGUGAAUGAUAGAUGACUGAUGGCUGGUACUGCUGUUAUUACAAAUGUAUGGACUGAACAUCAUAGUGGAUUAAAUACUCCUGUGACUGUUACAAAGUUAAAGAUCAAUAAUUGGUUGUGGAAUAAGCCUACAUCUCGACAAUAUUGUUUUUAUUUGGAAAUACUUGUUUUAAAUUCAUUGCACAUUUCUUGUUUUACUUUGUAUUGCAAAAGACAAAAUUUUUUUUAUUUAUGGUGUAAGUUAUGGUUUAAGUUGUUUGCAUUUCAAUUUUGUUUGGUUUAAUUUCACAUUAUAUAUUAUGUUUGUGUGGUUUUGUAAUGACAUGAUCAUAGCAUCAGCUAGAUUUAAAAGUGCUCAAUGACUUUGCAACUUGACCCUGCAAGAGGUGUGCUUGUGUGGAUGGGGAUGUGUGUAGGAUUGGUAUGAAAGGCAUAGAAUAACACUUGAGGGAGAUUUUAUAUGUCCUGAAAAGCUGUGAGAAAUCUACCAAAUGUCCAUAUGGAUUUGUUUUUAAAUCUUGGUUUGUGAUGUGCUCCCUUGACAUGUUUUACUUUAAGAUAUUACACAAGUUUUCUUUGCUACAAACACCCACAUAAUUUCCAUGAUACUGUAACAGUUGUUAUUUGAAGCCAUGCCACAGUGGGUCAUUUCUUGAUGUAUUUGGGUGUGCUGGUCGGCAGUACAGAACGAUGUAUUUGACGUUUUCUGACACAAAACUGUGUUUUUGACGUGUGAACAUGUUAUUUCACUGAAUCAGAGAAGAAACUCAUUAAAAAGGGACACCUGUAUAUUUUGUAAAGUUAAUAAAUUUGAUCCCCAUUAACAAUCCCAUGUAAAAAGAAAACAUAAUGCACUCUUGUCUGGCCUUUGUUGCAUGUGGAAUAGUUUGAGUUUUGUAUAUUUAUGGUAUUAACAUGAAAUAAAAUUUGAAAGAAAUAUUGGUUUA